UACAGUCGAGAUGCCGACCUUUUCUCUAACUCACUGAUCAAUUCUCCAGUUCCAUUAUUAAUUUUUUUUUUUCCAAAUCAUAAAUAAACAAAUAAACCCGUCUUUUUUUUUGGUCCGUCCCCUUUUUUUGGGAUAUAUAAAAGGGGAAUUUCUCUGCGUACUGAACACAAAAUCAUGGAAACAGUCCACUCUACGUGAUAAAAUAGAUUCUCAUGAUAUCAGCCACCCAAUGAGUGUUCCAACCAUCCCUAAUCUCCGUAUAAAUAACUUCCUCGUAACUCCUCCAAGACCAUUUUCACGAGAAACCCACGUCCGAUUCUCGUUGCAAUGACGAGAAUUCUGGUUCUGUUGAUGAUAUUGAUCUGUGCUCAAAUGGGGUGCGUGUGGGGUGAGUGCAGAGGCAGCAGCCAUGCGGAUUUUCAAAGAAGGGGCACUGAUGAUAAGGGGAUGAAGUUGAAGCUGAAGUUAGGUUCGAUAGGGCUGCUGAUGGUGACCGGAGCAAUCGGGGUGAGCCUGCCGUUGAUAGGGAAGAAGAUCCCUGCGCUAAGGCCGGAGAAGGAUGUCUUCUUCAUGGUAAAGGCCUUCGCGGCCGGAGUCAUUCUCUGCACCGGCUUCGUCCAUAUCCUGCCGGACGCGUUCCAGAGCCUGGAAGACUCGCCCUUCCCGUUCGCCGGGUUCGUGGCCAUGCUGUCGGCCAUCGGGACUCUCAUGAUCGACACGUUCGCCACCGGGUAUUACGAGAGGCGGCAUUUCUCCAAGCAGGUGAAUACGGAGGACGAGGAGCACGCGGGCCACGUCCAUGUCCACACUCAUGCCACUCACGGCCACUCUCACGGCUCUGCCUCCUCUCCUCCCGACGGUGAACUCCCCGCCACGGUCCUUCUCCGCCGACGCAUCGUCUCUCAGGUGUUGGAGGUGGGGAUAGUGGUGCAUUCGGUGAUAAUAGGGAUAUCGCUGGGAGCUUCUCAGAGCGUAGAGACCAUAAAGCCUCUCAUGGCUGCUCUCUCUUUCCAUCAGUUCUUCGAAGGCCUUGGCCUCGGCGGCUGCAUCUCCCAGGCACAGUUCGAGACGAGAUCAAAGGCGAUAAUGGCGACGUUCUUCUCGAUGACGGCGCCGGUGGGGAUAGGGGUGGGGAUAGGGAUAACGAGGAGUUACGAGGAGGAGAGCAAGGAGGCGUUGUGGGUGGAAGGAGUGUUCAACGCUGCAUCGGCCGGAAUAUUGAUUUAUAUGUCACUCGUCGAUCUGCUGGCGGCCGAUUUCAUGAACCCUAAACUUCAGACCAAUCUCAGGCUUCUCCUCGGUUCCUAUCUCUCCCUCCUCCUCGGUUCUGCUUCCAUGUCCGUUCUCGCCAUGUGGGCUUAAUUAACCCCCCUUUUUUUUUUGGUAAAAGCUUGGUUUGGUUUAGUACGAUCCAUGCAAACCCAAGAAUUAAUCCGAAAUAUACAACAACGUUUGUUUUCUGUUGAUUC